GUACUUUUAGAUUUCUGAUUGAUUGAAGAUGUCAGACGGUGGUGGUGGUGCAGAGGCACAUGCACGUUUCAAACAGUAUGAUAAUCGUGCCAAUGCCAGUCUUGUUCUAACAAGUGAUUCUCGUGGCCCACGAGACACACAUGAACCCUCUGGUGAACCCGAGUCUUUGUUUGGAAAAAUCGAUCCUAGAUCGUUUGGUGAUCGUGUUUUUAAAGGUAGACCUGAGAGGGUUAGGAAGAAGAAGAAGCAAGUUGACUAUGACCCCAAUAGGCCGUGCAAGAAGAGGAGACGAAUUCAUGAAGAAAGUGUCCUUACUUCGACAGAGGAAGGGGGUGUUUACCAGCCAAAAACUAAGGAAACUAGGGCUGCUUAUGAGGCAAUGCUCAGUAUGAUUUAGCAACAAUUAGGUGGACAGCCCCUCAACAUUGUGUGUGAGGCAGCGGAUGAGAUUUUGGCUGUGCUAAAGAAUGAUUACUUCAACAACCCCGACAAGAAAAAGAAAAUCGAGAAGUUGUUGAAUCCCAUAUCCAUCCACGUAUCUAAGCAGUUGGUCUCGAUUGGAAAACUCAUCACUGACUAUCAUCAAGGUGAUGGUGAUGUUGUAGUCGAUGGUGAUGAAGCUCUCGAUGAUGAUGUUGGUGUAGCAGUUGAGUUUGAGGAGAAUGAAGACGAAGAUGAUGAAAGUGACCUUGAUGUGGUGCCGGAGGAUGAAGAGGAGGAUGACGAUGUGCUGGAAGCUAAUGGUGCUGGCACUAUGUAUAUGGGCGGUGGCAUUGAUGAUGUUGAGACACAGGAACUUGAGGAGGGAAUGGCCUUGAAUGUUCAGGAUAUAGAUGCUUAUUGGCUUCAAAGAAAGAUUUCUCAAGCUUAUGAGCAGCAGAUCGAUCCACAACAGAGUCAAAUACUUGCUGAGGAGGUUCUUAAAAUACUCGCUCAAGGUGAUGACCAUGAAGUGGAAACCAAGCUGCUGGUGCAUCUGCAAUUUGAGAAGUUCAGUCUCAUAAAGUAUCUUUUGCGAAACCGGCUGAAGGUAGUGUGGUGUACUCGUCUUGCAAGGGCUGAAGACCUAGAAAAGAGGAGGAAAAUUGAAGAAGAAAUGAUGGGUUUAGGGCCAGACCAUGCUGCAAUAUUAGAACAGUUGCAUGCUACUAGGGCAACUGCAAAAGAGAGACAAAGCAAUUUGGAGAAAAGCAUUAGGGAAGAAGCUAGGCUGCUUAAAGACGAGACUGGAGUAGAUGGUGACGUGAAAAGGAAGGGACAUGCUGAUAGGGAUCUUGAUAAUGGUUGGUUGAUGGGUCAGCGUCAGUUGCUCGAUCUUGACAGCCUUGCCUUCCAUCAGGGUGGCUUAUUCAUCGAAAAUAAAACACGUCAGCUUCCGGUGAUAUCUUAUAGGUCUCAUAUGAAGGGUUACGAGGAAGUUCAUGUGCCAAGACUGACGCCUAAGCCAUUAUCUCCCGGCGAAGAACUUGUUAAGAUCUCUUCCCUUCCAGAGUGGGCACAGCCAGCUUUCAGUGGGAUGGCCCAAUUGAACAGGGUGCAGAGCAAAGUAUAUGAAACUGCCCUAUUUUCCCCUGAAAAUAUUUUACUGUGUGCUCCCACUAGAGCUGGAAAGACUAAUGUAGCUAUGCUCACUAUACUUCAACAAAUCGGAUUGCACUGUAACGAAGAUGGAUCUUUCAACCAUAACAAUUAUAAGAUUGUCUAUGUAGCGCCCAUGAAAGCCCUAGUCGCUGAAGUAGUUGGCAAUCUCUCUAGGCGUUUGGAACACUGUGGUGUCAGUAUGAAAGAAUUGAGUGGAGAUCAAACACUAACUCGUCAGCAGAUUGAAGAAACUCAUAUUAUUUUGACAACCCCGGAGAAAUGGGAUAUCAUAACCCGAAAGUCAGGUGCUCGCACCUAUACACAACUUGUUAAACUUCUUAUCAUUGAUGAGAUACAUCUUCUGCAUGACGACAGAGGUCCUGUUUUGGUAAGUAUAAUUGCAACAACUAUUAGACAGAUUGAGACCACGAAAGAUCAUAUCCGGCUAGUUGGAUUAUCAGCAACUUUCCCAAAUUAUGAGGAUGUGGCUGUGUUUUUGAGAGUUGAUCUGAAGAAGGGCCUCUUCUAUUUUGAUAAUAGUUACAGACCUGUCCCAUUGGCUCAACGGUAUAUUGGAAUCACUGUUAAGAAGCCGUUGCAGAGAUUCGAACUGAUGAAUGAUGUUUGCUAUGAGAAGGUAAUCAGUGUGGCGGGAAAGCAUCAAGUGCUUAUUUUUGUACAUUCCAGGAAGGACACCACUAAAACAGCUUGCGCAAUACGAGAUUCUGCACUUGCUAAUGACACACUCAGUAAGUUUUUGAAGGAGGAUAGUUUAGCUCGGGAAAUUCUUCACUCUCAAACAGAGCUUGUUAAGAGCAAUGAUCUCAAAAAUCUUUUACCUUAUGGUUUCGCAAUUCAUCAUGCGGGCUUGGUUAGGACCGAUCGUCAACUUGUGGAGGAACUUUUUGCUGAUGGCCAUGUACAAGUUUUGGUUUCAACAGCAACCUUAGCUUGGGGUGUCAAUUUACCUGCACAUACUGUCAUUAUAAAAGGCACCCAGAUAUACAACCCUGAAAAAGGAGCCUGGACUGAACUCAGUCCCCUUGAUGUCAUGCAGAUGCUUGGCCGUGCUGGAAGGCCUCAGUAUGACGCUUAUGGCGAAGGAAUCAUCAUAACUGGACACAGUGAGAUGAGAUACUAUCUUUCUUUGAUGAAUCAGCAGCUUCCUAUUGAAAGUCGGUUUAUAUCUAAGUUGGCUGAUCAGUUGAACGCAGAGAUUGUCCUUGGGACGGUGCAGAAUGCCAAAGAGGCAUGCAAGUGGCUCCUCUAUACUUACCUCUAUGUUCGGAUGGUGCGAAAUCCCACUCUUUAUGGUCUUGCUGCUGAUGCUCUCAAAAGUGACUAUACUCUGGAGGAAAGGCGUGCAGACUUGGUUUAUUCUGCAGCUACAUUACUGGACCAAAACAACCUGGUUAAGUAUGACAGAAAAAAUGGAUAUUUCCAGGUGACUGACUUGGGUCGCAUUGUUAGCUAUUACUAUAUAACUCAUGGGACGAUUUCCACAUUCAAUGAGCACUUGAAGCCGACAAUGGGUGAUAUUGAGCUGUGUAGGCUCUUCUCUCUCAGUGAGGAGUUCAAAUAUGUAACGGUAAGGCAAGAUGAGAAAAUGGAAUUGGCAAAGCUUUUGGAUCGUGUUCCCAUUCCAGUCAAAGAGAGUCUUGAGGAGCCUAGUGCCAAGAUCAAUGUUCUACUGCAGGCAUAUAUUUCACAGCUGAAGCUUGAAGGGUUGUCUUUGUCAUCGGAUAUGAUUUAUGUAACUCAGAGUGUUGCACGUCUGAUGCAAGCGCUUUUUGAGAUAGUUCUGAAAAGAGGAUGGGCUCUAUUAGCUGAGAAGUCUUUGAAAUGGUGCAAGAUGAUAAGUAAGAGGAUGUGGAGUAUGCAGACACCGCUUCGCCAAUUCAACGGCAUCCCAAAUGAAAUCUUAGUGAAAUUGGAGAAGAAAGAUUUGGCUUGGGAUCGGUAUUAUGAUCUUUCAUCACAAGAGUUGGGGGAACUUAUCCGUUUCCCAAAGAUGGGAAGAACACUUCACAAGUUCAUUCAUCAGUUUGCAAAGCUCAACCUUGCAGCACAUGUUCAGCCAAUUACCCGCUCGGUUCUGAGGGUAGAAUUGACUAUUACACGAUUCCAGUGGGAGGACAAGGUCCAUGGUUAUGUAGAACCUUUCUGGAUUAUUGUGGAAGAUAAUGAUGGGAUCUAUAUUCUUCAUCAUGAAUACUUCAUGCUUAAGAAGCAGUACAUUAAUGAGGACUAUACUUUGAACUUCACAGUCCCAAUUUAUGAACCAUUGCCUCCUCAAUACUUUCAUUCGUGUUGUGUCCGAGACAUAGACACAGGGUCCCAAACUGUUUUACCAAUUUGUUUCAGGCACAUGAUUUUACCAGAGAAGUAUCCUCCUCCCACAGAGUUACUAGACUUGCAACCUCUGCCAGUUACUGCGUUGAGGAAUCCAGCUUAUGAAGCACUUUAUCAAGAGUUUAAGCAUUUCAAUCCAGUUCAGACUCAGGUUUUUACAGUCUUGUACAACUCAGAUGACGACGUUUUGGUUGCAGCUCCAACUGGUAGUGGGAAGACCAUUUGUGCUGAAUUUGCCAUAUUGAGGAAUCAUCAGAAAAGUCCUGGUAUCUUACGUGCAGUGUAUAUAGCUCCCCUUGAAGCCCUUGCUAAGGAGCGGUACAGUGAUUGGAAGAAGAAAUUCGGAGAUUCUCUUGAUGGUCAGUUAAUUGUAAGCACGCCUGAGAAAUGGGACGCUUUAUCUCAUCGCUGGAAACAGCGAAAACAUGUUCAGCAAGUAAGUCUUUUUAUCGUUGAUGAACUGCACCUGAUUGGUGGCCAAGGCGGUCCUGUGUUGGAGGUGAUUGUCUCUCGGAUGCGAUAUAUCUCAAGCCAGGUCGAGAACAAGAUUCAAGUUGUUGCGUUGUCGACUUCUCUGGCUAAUGCCAAGGAUUUGGGGGAAUGGAUUGGGGCUACGGCUCAUGGUCUUUUCAACUUUCCUCCAGAUGUAAGGCCUGUGCCGCUGGAAAUACAUAUUCAGGGUGUUGAUAUUGCUAACUUUGAGGCUAGGAUGCAAGCCAUGACAAAGCCCACGUACACAGCAAUAGUACAGCAUGUAAGGAUGGGAAAACCAGCAAUAGUGUAUGUCCCCACGAGGAAGCAUGCACGCCUCACUGCAGUGGAUCUGAUGACUUACUCAGAUAUGGAAAGUGAAGACACACCCGUGUUUUUGCUGCAGUCCGGAACGGAGCUAGAGCCUUUUGUGGAGAGGAUCAACGAGCCCAUGCUAAAAGAGACACUUAAGUAUGGUGUUGGCUACUUGCACGAAGGAUUGUCUGGCACAGAUCAGGAUAUAGUGAAGACAUUGUUUGAAACUGGAUAGAUUUAAGUAUGUGUAAUGAGCAGCACAAUGUGUUGGGGACUGCCCAUCUCUGCCCAUGUGGUGGUGGUUAUGGGAACUCAGUACUAUGAUGGUACGGAAAAUGCGUACAGUGAUUAUCCAGUGAGUGAUUUGUUACAGAUGAUGGGUCAUUCCAGUCGACCUCUUGUAGAUAGCUCCGGGAAGUGUGUCAUCCUCUGCCAUGCACCACGCAAGGACUACUACAAGAAGUUCUUAGACGAAGCGUUCCCAGUAGAGAGCCAUUUGCAACACUAUCUCCACGACAAUUUCAAUGCAGAGGUGGUUGCUGGUGUUAUUCAGAACAAGCAGGAUGCUGUGGAUUACCUUACAUGGAUAUUUAUGUACAGAAGGCUCACUCAGAAUCCAAACUACUACAAUCUACAGGGUGUUGGUCACAGGCAUCUUUCGGAUCACCUCUAGGAGCUGGUGGAGAAUACUCUCAGUGACUUGGAGUCGAGCAAAUGUGUUGCUGUGGAAGAUGACUUAUUUCUUUCGCCCCUGAAUCUUAGCAUGAUAGCGUCAUAUUAUUAUAUCAGUUACACUACAAUAGAACGUUUUAGCUCUUCUGUGACCUCCAAAACGAAGUUGAAGGGAUUGCUGGAAAUAUUGGCUUCAGCAUCGGAGUAUGAACAGCUGCCGAUAAGACCCGGUGAAGAGGAGUUAAUAAGAAGAUUAAUUAAUCAUCAGCGCUUCUCUUUUGAGAAUCCCAAAUAUGUUGACCCUCAUGUCAAGGCUAAUGCUCUUGCUGCAGCUCACUUCUCCAGGUAAAUGGUGCGUGGGAAUCUAGCUUCUGACCAGCAAGAGGUACUUCUUUCUGCUAUUAGGCUGCUCCAAGCAAUGGUUGAUGUAAUAUCCAGUAACGGAUGGCUGAAUCUGGCACUUCUAGCAAUGGAAGUCAGCCAGAUGGUCACUCAGGGAAUGUGGGAGCGUGACUUUAUGCUUCUCCAACUUCCACACUUCACAAAGGAAUUGGCUAAGAAGUGCCAAGUAAAUCCCGGGAAGAGUAUAGAGACAGUGUUUGAUUUAGUGGAGAUGGAAGAUAACGAGAGGCAUGAGCUCUUGCAGAUGUCAGAGCCACAACUUAUGGAUAUUGCCCGUUUCUGUAACCGAUUUCCGAACGUUGAUUUGACAUAUGGGCUGGACGGCGGUAAUGUGAGAGCAGGAGAUGAUGUAAGUUUACAGGUGACUCUUGAGCGAGAUCUUGAGGGUGUAACUGAGGUUGGAGCUGUGUUUGCGCCUAGAUAUCCUAAAUCCAAGGAAGAAGGAUGGUGGCUUGUUGUUGGAGAUACGAAGAGCAACCAAUUAUUAGCUAUUAAGAGGGUUACUUUGCAAAGGAAGUCAAAGAUUAAGCUUGAUUUUGCUGCCCCUGCAGAAGCUGGAACGAGGAUGUACACACUCUAUUUUAUGUGUGAUUCUUAUCUAGGUUGUGAUCAGGAAUAUACUUUUUCACUUGAAGUAAAAGAGGGCUGAAGAUGACAGUUGAAGGGAGCGGUUUAGCUUUACUCUUCUGUAGCUUGCUCUAGCUGCUCGACACACUCUUAUAGACAAUCCACUUGGACUAAGUGCCAUGCUUUAUCUUACUUUAAUUCCGUCCCGGAUGACUUGUUUCAUGAACUAGUGUUGUUUUCAUGGUAUUUGGGAUUUUUUGUGAUCACUUGCUUAUAUCCUAUUAAAUCAGAAUCAAUCAAGCCAAAAGCCCCUAUUGCAAAGUUGAUCCACAUGUAACAGAAAGGAAGAUUGAAGUUGAGAUUUUGGUGAAUGCUG